CUCGUUCUUCCAGGCCCCUUAGUGAAUGUGAGUACAACCCAAGGUCCUCAUCAGAAGCUCAGCCUCUUAUACUCGACUCAUCAAGUGUACAUGGACUGCUCCAUUCUACUCCUAUUCAUGUUCUCACACCAGUCUCCAAUGCAGUCAUUAGUUUAUCUGACUCGACCAGUCCUCUAUCAGUCCAGCCUGCUCCACAAGUGAGUGCUUAUACUACUACUAGUAUGCUCGCUCAACCUCAGCCUACGUAUAUUACAAUGCUCCCCCCUCCUCCUCCUGAAAUCAUCAACCCAGCGUCACAGUCGGCUCCUAGACCAGCUGUAAGUGCUGUGACUUCACAUGCUCCGCCACUGUCAGUAGAACAGAGUAUGGGCCGAUUUCGCCAGCCACAGAUGGUCUAUAACCAAGCCCAGAUCCGACAUGUGCCUCCACCUGUUAAUCCUUUACAACCAGUGCUAUCAGUUGCCAACACGCAGUCCUAUCCUUACCCUAAUGUUCCAUCUUUGGCACGACCGGGCACAGCGCCUUUAGAUUACAGGGCAGCGCCAGGCACAGACCUCAUGGAGCUCCUAGUUGCUACAUCUUAUGGCCUUCCUAGACCUACUCUACCUCACUUCACCUCAGGUAAAGAGUCAGACUUUGCCCUGCUCAAGAUGGCUUUGGAUAAUCUGCUCAAUACACAUGCUCACCUUACAGAGCAGUUCAAAUAUCAAGUCCUCCUCGACCAUUUGAAACUGCCAAGCGCCCAUAAGCUAGCCCAAGCCUACAUGCACGAUCCAAAGCCAUACACCUCAGCUCUCCAGGCUCUCCAAGAUAAAUAUGGGCAACCGCGUCAGCUUGUGCAGAGUGAGCUUGGUACUAUCUUAAACUCACCUCCUGUACGAUCUGGAGAUCCAGAGGCGUUUGAUAACUUUGCUCUAUCAGUACAAGGUCUUGUUGGCAUGCUCCGCUCCCUUGAGGGUGAAAAUGGCUAUGAACUCCGAUGCGGCUCCCAUGUCGACAGGCUGCUCAGCAAAUUGCCUACUAACUAUCGAGAUGGGUUUGUGGAGUACAGCAUAAACCGCGGCAUCCUGAGGACUGGCACUGAUCAGACCUAUACACUUGAAGACUUCUCUGUUUGGCUUCAGUUAAAGUCACAAGCCAAGCGCAUUUCAUCUCGAGCAGCUCUGAUGUUCCAAGACCAGCCUAAGCCAGUUAAGGGCCAAAGGAAAUCCCAGGGUCCUUCAUCCAACGUGUUUUACAACACUGAGAGCCGAGCAAAGGUAGCCCUUCCAGAUCCUGUUCGUAGCCCAAAGUCACCUAAAAGUAAACCCAGUAUGAAGCCUUACUGCCCGUACUGCGAUGCCCGUGAGCAUUACCUCAGUUUAUGCCCCAAAUUCAAAACGCUCACUCCAUCAGAGAUUUCUACCUGGAUUAAGGACAGAGGCUGUUGGAGGUGUGGCAGAAACCACAAACCUGAGGCAUGUACUCUGAAAAAGCCUUGCCAAGUGUGCAAACAGCAACACCUGACCGUGCUCCACGAAGUAUGUUCCCAAGAGGCUAAGAAAGUGUUAAUGGUCAGUGCUGCUCCCAACACUAUAUACGUUGACCGUCCUAGUCGUCCGAAUAAAGUCAUGUUGAAGCUAGUCCAGGUGCGCCUGUACAAUGCCGAGCACUCUCUGGAAGGGUUUGCUAUCCUGGACGACGGAUCAGAGAGAACCCUCAUCCUUCCCUCAGCAGUCCAGCAUCUCCACUUACACAAAGAACCUGAGAGUUUGCCUUUGCGUACUGUCCGCCAUGAGGUGAUCCAUCUACAAGGAGCUGCUGUCUCAUUUGACAUCUCCCCGGCUCAUUCUCCCAAAGAAAGGUACAACAUCUUUCAUGCCUUCACUGCCGGUGAGCUGAGCCUGUCUGAGCAUAGCUAUCCUGUCAAGUUGCUCAUGCGUAAAUACUCCCACCUGCAAGGUCUUCCUCUGCCGAACGUUGACAAGGUCCAACCUCUCCUGCUGAUAGGCUCUGACUUCCCACAUCUGCUGCUUCCCAAACAACCGAUCCGAGCAGGUCCUCCUGGGAGCCCUGUGGCUGUGCGUACUGCUCUUGGUUGGACAUUGCAAGGCCCCGCUAACUUCAACCUCACUGGUGAGCAUUCACACUGUUACUUCACCAUGUCUCCUAAUUCAGAGCUGCAGCGGCACGUUGAACGACUGUGGGAAGUUGACAUAAACCCGUAUGCCAACGCCAAGACUGUGAUUCGCUCCAAAGAAGAUCAGCAGGCCCUAGAACUGCUAGAACAGGGCACUGUCAAGGUAGAUGUGGAUGGAGUACCAAGGUAUGCCACUCCACUGCUGAGGCGCAAAGCUAGACCUAAACUCUGGGCUCCAAAGCAUACAUUGCUCCCACAGCUACGGAGCAUAGAACGUCGUCUAGCCAAAGACACUGCUUUAGCUAACACCUACUGUCAAGAAAUCCAGAAGCUUGAACAGUUGGGUUAUGCCAAACCUCUACCUCCUGACACAGUAGACAGCUCCACAGAGUCCUGGUAUCUGCCACACCACGUUGUUCACCAUAAUGGUAAGGCGAGGAUUGUCUACAACUGUUCCUACCAGCACAACGGCCAGAGUCUCAAUAGUCAACUGUUGCCCGGUCCGACCUUAGGUCCUACUCUCCUCGGUGUACUUCUCCGGUUCCGAGAACACAGUGUGGCGAUCAGUGGUGACAUCAAAUCGAUGUUUCAUCAAGUUCGACUGUUACCAGAAGAUAAGCCCCUUCUCCGUUUUCUCUGGAGAGGUAUGAAGAGGGAGGAGGAACCAACAGUAUAUGAGUGGCAGGUUUUGCCAUUCGGGACGACAUGCAGCCCCUGCUGUGCCAUAUACGCCCUUCAGCGGCAUGUGAAGGAUAACAGCAGCGGUUAUGAGGACAUCUUACACCUUGUGGAGACUGCCUUCUACGUCGACAACUGUUUGACCAGUGUCACUAAUGCUGAUGAAGCCAAGAACAUUGUUGACCGGAUGCGUAAACUGCUCUCAGCUGGAGGCUUUGACAUCAGGCAGUGGGCCAGUAACAUUCCCACAGUUGUUGAGCAUCUUCCCUUGGAAGCGAGAGCGGCAAGCACUGAGUUGUGGCUGUCUCAACCUCGACAGGAUCCUGAAGAGCCAGCUUUAGGCCUUCGAUGGAACUGCCUUACCGAUUGUCUUGGGUACCGCCACAGACCAGUAGAGUAUUCACAGUCAACUCUGAGAAAUGUCUAUAAGGUGCUGGCAACACAAUAUGAUCCCAUAGGAUACUUGAUUCCAUUCACUACCCGAGCGAAGAUCCUGAUUCAAGACCUGUGGAGAGUGGGGGUUGGUUGGGAUGAACUGAUUAGACCAGAGGCUCUGCUGGAUAUCUGGAGACAAUGGGAAAGUGAACUAGUCCAUCUUCCACAAGUGGAGAUUCCCAGAUGCUAUGUCCCAUCAGUAGCAAGCACUGGUUCACUCAGACGUGAGGCACACAUCUUCUGCGAUGCCUCUGAAAGGGCCUACGGGGCAGUCGCUUACCUUCGCACCCAAGACAAUCAAGGUGAAGUGCAUGUUGCCUUUGUGAUGGCUCGGUCACGAGUCAGCCCUCGUAAACAACUGUCUAUACCACGUCUUGAGCUGUGUGCUGCUUUAGCAGGAGCCCAGAUGGCUAAAGUCAUUGUGACAGAACUGUCAAUCCCUUCACAACAAGUCAAUCUCUGGACUGACUCGAUGACAGUUUUGACGUGGCUCAAUUCCGACUCGUGUCGCUACAAGGUCUUUGUCGGCACUAGGGUCGCGGAAAUUCAAGAACACACUGAAAGCUCGACCUGGCGGUACAUUAACACAACUGACAAUCCAGCAGACGACCUUACUCGUGGUAAACCCUUGCUCGAGCUUAGCCAGCCGAACCGGUGGAGCCAAGGUCCACCAUUUCUCCGACGACAUCCAGACUCCUGGCCAGUGCUUCAGUUAAUAGAAGCCCAAGAAGCUGACGAAGAUGAACUUCGGAAGACAUUGUUCUGUGGAGUCACCACCUGCUCUCCAAACACGACCCUUAUGUCUGAUAUAGACAAUUGGGACAGUCUUAUCAAGGCUACCCAUGAGAGCCUUCACGGGGCGGCUGAUGGCCAGAAUAGUCCUACCAUGACAGCAGCUGAUGUCCAAACAGUAGAACUACAUGUCAUCAGACAAUCUCAGAGUGAGUCCUUCCCUGAAGAGGUGAAAGCUCUGGCUGCUGGUAAGCCCAUCUCGAGACUGAGUCGCCUGUUAAUGCUUGCUCCCGAGUAUGAUGAAUCUGUUGGCCUAGUGAGAGUGGGAGGUAGACUACGCAGGGCAGAAGAUCUUGACCCAGAUGCGAUACAUCCUAUCAUCCUUGAUCCCAAAUCUCAUGUUACACAGCUGCUCAUUAAGAAAUAUGACCGUGAACUGCUACAUCCUGGUCCCGAGCGGGUCUUUGCCGAGAUGAGGAGAAGAUAUUGGAUCCUCAGAGGAAGAGAGUCUAUUAAGCGUCAUCAACACGGCUGUGUUGAAUGUCAGAGAUGGCGCGCUACUCCAGUGGUACCUCAGAUGGCAGACCUACCCCCUGCCAGGCUUCGCUUAUACAAGCCACCUUUCUGGUCUACUGGGGUCGAUUGUUUCGGUCCCUACAACGUCAAGAUUGGCCGGCGGACCGAGAAGCGGUGGGGUCUGAUUUUCAAGUGCAUGACGACGAGUUGUGUACAUCUUGACCUACUGGAGAACAUAGACACUGAUGCUUUCUUGAUGGCUCUCCGCCGGUUCAUCGCCCGUCGAGGUAAGCCAUUUGAGAUCCUGUCAGACAGAGGAACCAAUUUCAGAGGUGGAGCCGCGGAGCUGCAAGCUAGCUUCACCGCUUUAGAAGGUCCUCUCCAAGAGCAGUUGGCCAAGCAGCAGAUCGAGUUCCGUUUCAAUCCCCCUGGGUCUCCGCACUUUGGAGGAACGUGGGAACGAGAGAUCAAGUCGAUUAAGUCAGCUCUCCAAGUCAUCCUUCAGGACCACACCGUUGCCGAACCUGUGCUGCAAACUGUACUAAUUGAAGUGGAGGGAAUGCUCAACGCUAAACCGCUUGGGUAUAUCUCAUCCGAUGCUGCAGACCCGGAUCCUGUUACACCAAAUCUGCUAUUGAUGGGACGCCGUGAUGCAUCACUCCCACAGGCUGUCUAUGCAUCUAGCGACCUUCUUGGCAGAAGAAGAUGGCGCCACAGCCAGAUCCUGGCAGACCAUUUCUGGUCCAACUUCAUCCGUCGCCAUCUCCCGGAUCUUCAGAAGCGGUCGAAGUGGCACAAGGACACAGAUAAUCUGACUGCUGGCCAGGUGGUAAUGGUGGUAGAUUCGCAGCUACCCAGAGCCCAGUGGCCCAUCGGGAGAGUGGUGAAUACCCGUUCCGGCCUGGAUGGACGAGUCAGGGCGGCUGAAGUCAAGAUCAAGGGACAGACUUACCUACGGCCAGUUGUGCGCCUUGUGCGAUUGCCAGCCUGGGAGGAUGAAGACGACUCCAACUAAGUAGACUUUCUUUGGGGAUUCAAAUUUAUUGCUAAAUUUGGGGGCGGCUAUGUCCGAAAGUCUUUUAUUUUGAAACUGUAGUGAUAUAAUUUCCGUUCUGUGUGCGUCAUUUCCUUAUUACCGACACUGCAUUCUGUGAGAUGGUAUCCCUCGUGUGCGUAAUAUAAGCGAAAACCACACACACACACAGAAAUGCAUAUAUUACUGUUUGUACAACGAUGUCUAUACUCAAACUUCAAUAAUUAAAAAGUUUGCUGGAAUAAUUUCUCCGUGCCCUUCUCCUUGACCGGAGCUCUGUCAAAAGAAACUGUCAGACCAGUAUUAUCCCUUCAGAGCAUUGCACUC